CCCUAACGAUGAAAUUCAAGGCAUUCUUCACGGACAAGGGCGUCACGACGCUGGAGAAGAAAUUCGUGCCGGCGUUUGAGAAGAUUGGGAAGACGUGCUACGUCUAUCUCACCAGGACGCACGUCACGCUUAUGCACAAUGCCGUCAAUGCCGAUGGCGUCCAGGCGAUUGCGCAGUUCAAGGAGGCACUGCUGUUCGAUGACUAUCGGAUUUCCAGCCAGAACGAAGACCGCAUUGCUUUCACGCUGGAUCUAAACCUGCUGCUGCGAGCGCUCAAGAGCAGCGUGAGCAUGGAUGGAGAUAAGCUGCAAAUCAAGCUGGGAAGAA